GUUUCUCCCCCCGGGGACACGGCUCAGACCUUCAUCUACCUGAAGUGGAUGCCCCGGCGGGACACUUCUUCACUUGUCUUCUCCGGAGGGCAGAGGCACAACAUCGGGACGUGGGAGGCUCGCUGUCCAGUCUGCAACCUCAUGCCUUUUACCGCCACCACCGCUUAAAGUGUCCAAGGUGGAGGAAGGCUUCUCCAGGACGGAUGCUCCGCGGCCGUGGGACUUCCUCCGGCUGGCUCACUCCGGUCCUUCCCUCGGUUCCCUGGUCCAUCCUCUCCUCUCCCGCUGCGGGGUGGAAGGCUCCGGCGCCUUCUGGGCUGCCGCCGCCGCAACUGUCUUUGCGAGCUCAUCCCACCCAGAAGACCAAACGCUGCCGGAGUGCGGGGAGCUGGGCGAAGCCCUAACUUGCCUGCCAGCUCGGUCGCUCUCCAUCCUCCCGGGCGAGGACCGGUGCGAGAGUCGCCGCAACCAGCCUGGGAGAGUGCGGCGCCCGGGAGGACACGCGAGCCGCAGGCGCACAGGGGCGGGGGCGGCGUGUGCCCGGGCACCCCGUGCCAGCCCGACGAGUAGCGCGCACCCUGCGAGCGACAAGCUCCCCAAGUUGGGCGCGUCCCAGAGCUGAUUGCCCCGCGUUCCGCCGCUGGUGUCCGGAGAGAGGCGGGGCUGCCGGGGGUCGUCGCGGCCGUCGCCGGCCACCAGAGCCUGUCUCCGGAGAACCCGGGCUGGCCUCCCUAGGGUCCCAGCCGGCGUUGCGCCCUCCGCCCGCGUGCGCUCUCCGAUGACUGCGCUGGCGGUGGCCCGGGUGGCCCGCCCGCUGGGGGUGUCGGAGGGGGCGGGGGAAGAGGAGGAGGCGGUGUGAUGGCCCUGGACGGCGAGAGGGGGGAGCAAGAGGAGGAGAAGAAAAAGAAGAAGAAGAAAAAGAAGAGGAAGAAGAAGGAGGAGGAGGGGGCCGAGAAGAGCAGCUCACCCUUUGCAGCUACCAUGGGAGAAGACGAUGCCGCCGCCGCGCUCCGGGCAAGCGGCAGGGGGCUCUCGGACCCGUGGGCUGACUCGGUGGGAGUGCGACCCCGCACCACCGAGCGCCACAUCGCGGUACACAAGCGGCUCGUGCUGGCCUUUGCCGUGUCCAUCGUGGCACUCCUGGCGGUCACCAUGCUGGCCGUACUGCUCAGCCUGCGCUUCGACGAGUGUGGAGCCAGCGCGGCGGUGCCGGGCUCCGACGGUGGCCCCGGGGGCUUCCCCGAGCGCGGCGGCGGCGGCGGCGUUGGGGGCAACAACAGCCACCCAGGAUCCGCCCGGCGCAACCACCACGCUGGUGGGGAAUCCUCGCAGCGCGAGACCGGCGAGGUGGACACCCCGGGGACCCCGUCUACCCUACCGCCGUCGGAGGAAGAGCCCGAGCAGUGGCAGCCUUGGACGCAGCUGCGCCUAUCCGGCCACCUCAAGCCGCUGCACUACAAUUUGAUGCUCACCGCCUUCAUGGAGAACUUCACCUUCUCCGGGGAGGUCAACGUGGAGAUCGCGUGCCGGAACGCCACCCGCUACGUGGUGCUGCACGCCUCCCGGGUGGCGGUGGAGAAGGUGCAAGUGGCGGAGGACCGGGCGUUCGGGGCUGUCCCGGUUGCAGGCUUUUUCCUCUACCCACAAACCCAGGUCUUGGUGGUGGUGCUGAAUAGAACCCUGGACGCGCAGAGGAAUUACAACCUAAAGAUUAUCUACAAUGCCCUGAUAGAGAACGAGCUUCUCGGCUUCUUCCGCAGCUCCUACGUGCUCCACGGGGAGAGAAGAUUCCUUGGUGUUACUCAGUUCUCACCUACGCAUGCCAGGAAGGCGUUUCCGUGUUUCGACGAGCCAAUCUACAAGGCCACUUUCAAAAUCAGCAUCAAGCAUCAAGCCACCUAUUUGUCUCUAUCCAAUAUGCCAGUGGAGACAUCUGUGUUUGAGGAAGAUGGAUGGGUAACAGACCACUUUUCACAGACUCCUCUCAUGUCCACAUAUUAUUUAGCCUGGGCGAUUUGCAACUUCACGUACCGAGAAACUACUACCGAGAGUGGGGUUGUAGUCCGAUUAUAUGCAAGACCUGAUGCUAUCAGAAGAGGAUCCGGGGACUAUGCUCUCCACAUUACAAAGAGAUUAAUAGAAUUUUAUGAAGACUACUUUAAAGUGCCCUAUUCUUUGCCAAAACUAGACCUUUUAGCUGUGCCUAAGCACCCAUAUGCUGCUAUGGAGAAUUGGGGACUAAGUAUUUUCGUGGAACAAAGAAUACUGCUGGACCCCAGUGUUUCGUCUAUUUCAUAUUUGCUGGAUGUCACCAUGGUCAUUGUUCAUGAAAUAUGUCACCAGUGGUUUGGGGACCUUGUGACUCCGGUGUGGUGGGAAGAUGUGUGGCUGAAGGAAGGAUUCGCUCACUACUUUGAAUUUGUGGGUACAGACUACCUCUAUCCUGGCUGGAACAUGGAAAAGCAGAGAUUUCUGACAGAUGUUCUGCAUGAAGUGAUGCUGCUUGACGGGUUGGCCAGUUCCCAUCCGGUGUCACAGGAAGUGAUACGGGCAACAGAUAUUGACAAGGUGUUUGACUGGAUCGCAUACAAAAAGGGUGCUGCUCUCAUUAGAAUGCUGGCUAAUUUUAUGGGCCAUUCCGUUUUUCAGAGGGGCUUGCAAGAUUAUUUAACUAUCCACAAGUAUGGCAAUGCAGCCAGAAAUGAUCUCUGGAAUACAUUAUCAGAGGCUUUAAAAAGGAAUGGAAAAUAUGUGAACAUACAAGAAGUAAUGGAUCAGUGGACACUGCAGAUGGGAUAUCCUGUUAUCACCAUCCUGGGAAACAUGACAGUAGAAAAUAGAAUAAUUAUCACCCAACAACAUUUCAUUUAUGACAUCAGUGCUAAAACCAAAGCACUCCAACUUCAGAAUAACAGUUACCUGUGGCAGAUUCCAUUAACCAUUGUGGUAGGAAAUAGAAGCCAUGUGUCUUCAGAGGCAAUUAUUUGGGUGUCUAACAAAUCAGAACAUCACAGAAUAGCAUACUUGGACAAAGGAAGCUGGAUCCUUGGAAACAUCAAUCAAACUGGCUACUUUAGAGUCAACUAUGACCUAAGGAACUGGAGAUUACUGAUUGAUCAAUUAAUCAGGAACCACGAGGUACUGUCCGUCAGUAACCGUGCUGGCUUGAUUGAUGAUGCCUUCAGCCUGGCCAGGGCAGGCUAUUUGCCUCAGAAUAUUCCCCUCGAGAUUAUCAGAUACCUGUCUGAGGAAAAGGAUUUUCUUCCUUGGCAUGCUGCCAGCCGAGCUCUUUAUCCUCUGGAUAAAUUACUGGACCGCAUGGAGAACUACAAUGUCUUCAAUGAGUAUAUUUUAAAACAAGUUGCAACAACAUAUAUCAAGCUCGGAUGGCCAAAAAACAACUUCAAUGGAUCUCUCGUUCAAGCAUCCUACCAACACGAAGAACUACGGAGAGAAGUGAUCAUGCUGGCGUGCAGCUUCGGGAACAAGCACUGUCACCAGCAAGCCUCCACGCUGAUUUCAGAUUGGAUUUCCAGCAAUAGGAACAGAAUACCACUCAAUGUUAGAGACAUCGUCUACUGCACAGGAGUGUCAUUGCUGGAUGAGGAUGUCUGGGAGUUUAUCUGGAUGAAAUUCCACUCUACUACUGAAGUUUCGGAGAAGAAGAUAUUACUGGAGGCUCUAACUUGCAGUGAUGACAGGAAUUUAUUAAAUAGGCUUCUAAACCUGUCUCUGAAUUCUGAGGUGGUGUUGGAUCAAGAUGCAAUUGAUGUCAUAAUCCAUGUAGCCAGAAAUCCACAUGGCCGAGAUCUUGCCUGGAAGUUUUUCAGAGACAAAUGGAAAAUACUAAAUACCAGGUAUGGAGAAGCAUUAUUUAUGAAUUCCAAACUUAUCAGUGGAGUUACAGAAUUUCUUAAUACAGAAGGUGAACUUAAAGAGCUAAAGAACUUCAUGAAGACCUAUGAUGGGGUAGCAUCUUCCUCAUUCUCACGAGCCGUGGAAACCGUGGAAGCCAAUGUGCAUUGGAAAAGGCUUUAUCAGGAUGAGCUGUUCCAGUGGCUGGGGAAGGCCAUGAGGCACUAAUGUGCAUCACUUAACCUAGAACUCAACUCGGAGUUUUGAGAGGACCUGCUUUCCUGUGGAACAAGGAGGCUAGCCAGAAUUUCAGUGAUAAUGUGUGGGAGAACUUUUUGUUGUUGCUGUUGUCUGUUGGGGUGGUGGGUAUUUUUCUUCCUUCCAUUCACUCUACAUUUGUUUCUCCACUGGAUGUUCCUCUGUAUAGAAACUCUUGCAAGUGACUCUUUGCCCUGGCUACUUCCGCUGGUACAUUCCCUGCUGUUCGGGACCAAAUACGAUAGGGGUGCAUGUUGAUGUUGCCGUCAGUUUGGAAAAUCCUAUCCAGAAUACUCUGUGCAUGGAUGUAUGGUCCUGCCUGUGUUCCAGCAUGCUUAUUUCACAUGUCCAAUGUUGUAUGUGACUAUAUGUACAUCCAGGAUGGGCAUUAUGCAAAAGCACAAAGAUUAUCCAUGACAAUCAGUGUUGUAAUGGAAGUAAAAUCUUCAGAAGGGAAUUCUAUCCUCAGCCAUGGCCAACAGGAGAGAGAAAGCAGCUCUGUCAACAAUUUGUAUCAUUUGUUUUCAGCACUUGGAUUGUCUGGCAAUGAUGAUUGCAUUGCUAACUCAUUUUCUUUGAGUUAAAGCUGUGUAUACACUUGCAGAGAUGUAUAGAUAGUAUGUACAUAUACACAUGUACAUAAGAAAGCUCCAUAUGUACAUAAUAUGUUGUAAAUGCACCUGUGCGAAGAAAUCUCUUCAGAUCAAAGGAAAUUUAACUCUUUUUUAUAAAUGUGUGGACACUUGGAAAAGGCUUCGUAUAAUUUAUCUCAACACUCCCCUUCCUACUUUGUAACUCACUUUCUUAACUGCUUUUUCAUCUAUGUGCUGAAGAAGGAUCUAUUCUACUACAUGAAGAUGAAUCCUAACAAAACAUAUGUGUAAACUAAUCAGUCUACAGAUUCCCUUAAGUCAGUGGCAUCCUUUCACCACUAUCUGUCAUUAUUUUGGUCAACAUUCCUAUUGCAUAAACCAAUUUUGUGUAAGCGUAGAAUGAUUGGUACUAAGAAAGGGUUUAUUUCUAGCUCCUUUGUCUUUCUUACCUUAGAUAUUGCAGAGUUAAAUUCUCUCUGUGUGUUGAUCUUUAUGUGGAUAUUGCUCCUAUCCUCCAUUAAGCAACCAUACCUCAACAGGUCUAUUAGCAUUUAAUGACCUUUUAUGCCAGUUGUGCCCUCCCUUAUGAUACAAAGUUGCUGUUAUGCUGUGUUAAUGUAUAAAACCUUUGGAAAUUAACAACCCUCUUCUACCUGGGAAUUUUGAAGAGCCAUUUCCAUGGCUGUGUGUAACGCAACUAUAUUUCAGUGCUUUUCUCACCCAGUAGGCCAGUUCCUUGCUUCAGAGUUAACAUAUUUUAAGUUUAGCAUUGUAAAAGACCUAUUACAACUACUAUAAUUGAGUCAAAUGUUGUGAAACCCCUUUCUGUUUUCCUGUGGUGUUUAGCUCUUCCAAAUAUUACAAAUCACUGAAACAAUGGAUUCAGAGACCAUCACUCAAUACUGGGGAAAAAUGAUUUAUAAGGCAGAAGUCCUAGAAUUAUUUUCUUUGUAGAAAUGAAAAACAGUUUCCCAAUGUAAGCAAUUAAUGCAUAUUUCUUACACUUAAAUUUUUUCUACGCUUCAUUCAACUAGAAUACAUGAAUUUUAAGUACUCUGUGGUGUUAAAGAGUCAUGGUCAUGCUUAGUAUGAAAUCUGAAAUUUAGGUUAUCUAUUAGAAGUGAGCAAGUUCUUAAACAUAAUACUCAUAAAUAGUAUACAGCCAUGAAGUCCCCAAAUAUCCAUUAUACCACUGGUAAAUUCAUUCAUGGGACAUCUACAUCUAUCCAUAGAUAUAGAUGUCUUGUUUUGUUUCCUCAAGUACUAAAAAUUCAGAGUAAUGGCUUUUUAUUUUAAGUGAGUCAUCAUUUCCAGCUUUGAAUUUGGGGGCUUUCUGAGUUCUUUUUCCCCCCUGCUAUUAAUAGUCAUAAUCCUCUUUGAGUAUUUUAGUGGCCUUUAACACAACUGGUUUAGCUAUAAUCUAAAUCCUCAGUGUAUCCUUAUGUACCAUGUUUAUACCUCAUACAAUACUUGUUCAACAAUAUAGUGGUACCAAUGGCAUUGAGAUGGCAUUUUUGCUCUACACAUAUUUCAGUUCUUUAACCUUCCCAAUGUUGAAAUUAUAUUGGGCUUUAAAGGUUCUUUUUAGUUGUUUAAAUAAGUAAUAUUUCAAAAUAAUAAAAUAACCAAUGAUAUCUCUUGGAAUAUUCUGUAAAAUGUAGCUAUAAAAUUAUAUUUUCUACUUAGAGUUUUUAUCUUUCUCUCUUGUGUGUUUUACAAAUCAAUUAUCUAUGUGAAAUAACAACAUAUUGAAAGUUUUCAUCAUCUAGUCUCAAGAAUUUCCUGUGCCAAUAUAUGUAUAACAGCAAAACUUUGGUUUAAUUAGAAAAUACUAGAUUAUUUGCCACUUUGGGUAUUCAUUAUCUCCAAGUAACUUGUAAAUAAAAUGUUCUCCCCAUUUUUACACAUUUUCCCAUAAAUUUUUUUUUUACAGUCUUUGAAGUUCUAAAAACUACAUGAUUUCAAACUUAGAAGGCUGACAUCUGUAAUACUGGCUAUGUUUUGUUUUUUUUUGAAAUUCAUUAGCAUGCACUUUUGCUGAGCCUUAAUCUCCUUUGUUUCAUAUGAUUUUAAGAUAAAUAUAUUAUAUUCGGAUUUUCUGAUAUUUCAGUUUACAUAUGUAUAACUAAAAUAUUACAAGGUUAUUCAUAUUAUGCCAUGAAUUUCUAAAACUCAUUCCAUUAUCAACAACUUUGACACAUGCUGAUUUGAUUCUUCACAGAAACACAAUGCAUGUUUGACUUCUUCCUGAAGAUGAAAUGAAGUUGAAAAUAGCCAUUCACACCUUCAAAACCCCAGUUAUGAUAUAAUCUAAAUCUCUCAACAUAGAUGGUCUCCAACUAACAUACAGCGGUGUUGUUAAUUUAUAUCUAUCUAUCUAUCUAUCUCGUUAGCUUGAGACUUCACAAGUUCUAGACUAACAUCAGAAUAUAUAUUUGAACACAUCCACGAUUGCUCUAUCACCUUUAACAUUUAUAUUUCAGAUUUGUGUGAUUUCAAACUACUGGAUGAACAUGUUAACCACCACUUACUUUGGCCAGUGUAAAUAGUCAAAUAUCGGGACACACAAUUAAGUCUGUCGGUUACGUUUCCCAUUGCAGAUCUGUUAUUGAACAUAGUUUAAAUGAAACCUUAAGACUGGGAUGCUUUGCUUUACUUUCAACACCCACUUCUGAUAGUAGAAAGAGAUAACAGUUACAGAUGGUCAGAAUACACACAGGAGGCUAUAUGAUCUAAAUAGUUGAAAACAAUAUUCAGUCAAAUGUGUAUACAUCUGUGGAGACUAGCUUGUGAACAAAUGAUUUUGUGGAACUCUGGCACUGUAUCAGAUGCAAUAGAUAAAUUAUAACAAAGCAUUCAACACCACGCUGACUUCAAAUUCACUGCUAAUUAAAUAUUUAAAAAAUUGUCUUCUAGGAGGCUGAAGAAUGUAGCUCAAAUAAUUUUGUGAAUGCUCAUGUGACUUAUCCAUAAAUAUCACAUACAAGUAGUCACAGAACAGAUGAUGAGAAGGCAAGACUUCCAUAGCAUGUUUUCCUUUAGCAGAGAUCGUGACUGUAUUAUCAUCUGAUACUGGUAGUUACGUGCUGUUAGAGUUCAAUUGAGUUAAAAGAAGGUUUCUUGAAUAGAUAGUAAUAACUGAGCAUGUAGUAAGAGAAAGGAAGAUGGUGGAAAUGGAUCUAAAAAUGAUCACAUGAAAAAUGUAAAGAACCCGUGAACCAGUUGGAAUUAAGGCAACAUGAAACAGAAUCCCAUGGUAUAGAAGAGAAGUUUGAUCAUUUUUAAGUAUGAAACCCAACUAUUUUCUGUACUAGUUCCAAAACAUGUGGAUAAUUUUCACUGUUUGAUUUCACAAUGCUUGUAUUUUUAGAAAUACAUAAGAUUUCAAAAGUAUAAUAAUGCCAUAACAUUUAAACAAUAAUAAUUGAAAUCAAAAUUGGGACAGACUCUAUCUUUGAGAAAAGCUGUUUGUGCAAUUGAGUGAUGUUGCUACUCUUCAGAAAAGUUGUUUGUAAAAGAAAAGAAAAGCCUCUUGUAAAAGUAUCUCAAAUUUGCCAAAAUGAUGUUAGCUUCAUUUGUUGACUUUCGGUAAUUUAUUUAUUCUUUCAAGCAGGUUCAGCAAUUCCUAUCUUGGCAAUAAUUUAUUUCAUCAAAUUAGUAUAUGUGAACUUGAGUAUGAAAAUAUUCUCAUGAACUAUGCUAAAUUUUCAACUUUUUAAUUAUAUAAAAUUAGCCCUCAGUUUCACUGCCUUGAACUAAUUAGCAGGUUUUAAAAUCAAAUAUUUUAUUUCAUUUUGGGAUGGAUUCAAUAAAAGUCUAACAAACAUGCACUCUACCCGUUUUUGCUUUCAAUUUUACGACAUGAAAUUUUGUUUUAAAGUUUAAAUAAGAAAAGUUACAAAGCUUUUAGAAAAUAUUUAAAGGAGUCAUUAAAAACAGGUUUUCAGGUUAGGAUGCUCAUAUACAUCGCUGCAUACUUUUAGCCCGUAAGGUUUUUGUUUUGUUUUGUUUUGUUUUAGGUUAUUCAGCUACUGUAUGUCAUGUGACUUUUGCAUAGAUUUCACAAUCCACAGUUUAAAGACUUUUAUGUUGAACACAAAUCUCCUUGAAGAAUCUAUCUUUCUGUUAUUCCUAGUUCAUAUACUGAUGCAGUAACAAAGAGGAAAGUGGGUUUCAUUUUGUUCAGAUUUUUCUUAAAUUGGCAAUUGGAGGGAAGGAUUAAACAUGUAAACAUGUGCAUAUCUAUUAAACUCCAGACACCCGGUGAAGUGUUAGGAAUUCUAAUCAAUCAUUGAGAGGAUGGAGGCUAAAAGACACUGGUUUCUAAAAUGAAUUACUAGUAUUAAUGGGGCUUCAAAACCGUAAACCUAAGCUUUAUGUGAUGCAAACCCAUCACUUCUAUGGUUCUGUCAAGCUUGAGACAUUAUCCAUGCAGACUCUGUGGGAGAUUUGAGUACUUCCUGUCUCUCACACUCUCAUUGUUAUGGACUUCUUUGAAAUAAGUGUUAAUUGGUGCCAUUUGGCUUAUCACUGAUUUAUUACCAAGGUUACUUCAUGUGUUUUCUAAAAACAUUUUCUUCACAAAAAUCCUGCAUUUUGUUUGUGAGGGCUUUAAACUACAAGUAAUUAACAGGCACUCGGCCAAUGAGCCAUGAAAAAAAAAAAUCAGUGGAAAAAAAAAGGAUGCAUUGCAAAGCAUUUCAGCAAUGUCUCACAAAGUUGAGGUUGAACUUGUCUGCAUGUGGAAAAGAUCUAGUAAGCUACCCAGAACGUUUCCACUGCUUAGCAAAGAGAUCAGAAAAUGUUCUCUCUUUCUGCAUAGAACGAUAGAUGGACCGCACUGCUUAAUUUACUCGAUGUUAAGUUUCCAACGGCCCUGCUGUGUGUAGAUACAGUUUAACCUAACUGCUUUGACUCACCUCUUUACAGGUCAACUUGCUUCUAAUGGCACACAUUUUUCUUAUGUCAUGUAAGUAAAUGAAAGAGCAAAGUGUUUUGUAGGAAAUAUAAUAGGGGAGUUCAGAACACCUGCCUCAAAUGUGCAGAGCAUUUCUUUUCUGUUAAUCAUCCCUGCAAGGCUCAAGGGAUUGCACUCAGUCUUAUGUACAGAUCUGCCACCACCUCCAUGGAGUGUGCAACCCACUGAGUGAGAAAAUCAUUAGAAAUUCUUUGUUCCUCGUUUUCUCUCAAAUAGGUUUUUAAACUGUCAUUUCUCAAGUGAAAACUGUUUUUCAAAUGAAUUGCUUCUCAAAUGUUUUGUUCUAGAUUUUACAGUAUUGUGUAAUGGUAAUCUCAAAUCAACUUUUAAAUCACACCUGUAUAUUGGCAUAUAUUAAUAUGUGUGCAGUCUUUCAUGGCUAUAGUUUAUUCUCCUUUUAAAAUUUUAAUAAACCUUGACAACAAAUAAGUGCUAUAAAUCAAAAACACAUUAUCAUUGUUGUUUUACACAUUUUUCAGUUACUUAAACAGUAAAAUAAAUUUUACCUUUGAGAUUUUAUCUUGGGCUGUCUGGCCAAGUGUAAACUUAUCAGAUAAUUAAAUAUUACAUUGUAGGACUCUUCCUAAUAAACAGCCUUGAUCAGUAACAAAGCGUAUUUACCUGAAACCACUACACCAGACUUACUUAGCAUAUGCCAUAUGGAAGCAUAUUUUUCUCAUUUCUAAUAUUUUAUGGUUUGGGAAUUAAAACAUUACUGAUCUCGUAGUAAACACAAGUUCUAAAGCAUUUUCCAAAUAACCUCAUGUUAGUUUAGCCAAUAAAUGUUUUCUAUGGUACAACUUGUAGGUUAUUCAGUAGAAAUUGAAUCUCUGUAUUCAACAUGAAAUUUUUAUUCUUUCCUGAUAAAAUACUAAAAAAAAAUUUUUUCUAAGUGAGAAAAUUUGUCUACUCACCUUAAGCAGAACAAAUUUGAGUUUUGCCUCUGAUAAUAAAAUUUUGUACAGUAA